AUGAGUCGGGUCCGUUUAAGGUCACAGCCAGGCCUACACCUCGCUUUGUUCGCCAUUUUAAUUUGUCCGUUGGAAUCUCAAAACUUUUUCGAUUGCGCCACAGCUCCCGGCGAACGUGAGUUUCGAAUUUUUUUCCCUCAAAAACCCCCAAAAUUAGUUGCAAAGUUGAGGAAUUCGCAAAAUUGCGGCAAUUGUUUAUGCUGUUGACAAAAAAGGGAAUAAAUAAAAUGUUUGUCAAGCAUCGUUUGACGUGGUCGAGGGCUCUUAAGGUGCGCAAAUGGCAGGUCAAUUCGAGUCCAAAGUGAUGGGGAAAUUGGGCGACCAACAGCUGAGGGGGAGAAAAGUGUAAAAGCGAAACAUUCGUGACUUGUGCAACAGUUUGUUUGGAUUUUUAGACAACACAAUUUGAUCAAAGAACGUUGAAGGGUCAAUUAAUACAUUAGACCAUAUACCUUUCAAAAAAACCCUCUUUAUAACCUCCACAGAUUCGUCAUAUAACAAGCUAGUAUUUUUCGGGAUCGAAAUUGACGUAAUUUCUGCAAAUUUCACACAAUUUUGGAAAAAUGCCGUUUUAUACGAUGAAACCUGGAUGAAAAGUUUUUGGACACGUUUCAUCGUAUAAAAUGUCACUGUGUCAAAAAUUAAAUUGAAAUUGAUGCCAUUUUUGAAAUCUUCACAUACUUUUGGAAAAUCGCCAUUUUAUACGAUGAAAUCUAUAUGAAAACUUUUUGGACACGUUUCAUUGUAUAAAAUGUCAGUUUCGAAGGAUGUCUGUAAUUUUUUUGUGAUAGAAGUCCUUUUUCUGCUAAAAGUUGGCAAAGCCCCCUUUUUUAUACGAUGAAACCUGUUAGAAAAGUUUCGGACAAUUUUUAUCGUAUAAGAUGUCACUUUGGUUUUUUGGAGUUGUAGCAGUAGUAUGGGCUAUAUAAGAAACUUUUGUAUAACAAAACCUCUCUACAAUGAACAAUUUCAAAGGUCGAAAGAGUCAAUUUUAGGCCAAUGAACCUUCGUACAACAAAGCCCUUCUAAAACGAACAAAUUUUUAAAUGCCUUGCAAUUCAUUGUGCAGAAGAUUGACCCUAUGCACCUUAGCUAACAUUAAAAUCUAAAAAAUCAAAAAAAAAUUAUUUUUUUCGACGAACGAAAUAAAAAUUCGACAUUCCAGCCUGGCGAACGAUAUGUCAGUCGUUGGUGAAUUGGGACGUGAGCGCUCGACAAAUCCAACAACAGCAAGCUCAACUCCAGCAGAAUCGAGUUGUCGCGGCGCCCGCCGUCCCCGAGCAGCCGUGGCUGUCGCCGGCGGUGCCGCAACAAAUGGCCACGCAGCCACAGAGCUGCAUGGACUUGGACUGUCUUUGCGCUUUCAUGCAGGUAAGCCAAAAAUAUCUCCUAUGUAAUGAGAGGGUUUUUGAAAAUAAAAAUUAUGACUUUGUCGGGAAAAUAAUGAGCAUUGUAGCAUCAAAAAUCGUCGCCGAGAAAAUGAAUCGUGUUGCGGAGAAAAUCAACUUGAUUUUCACUUGAGCGACGAGGAUCGGCGCAGCGACAUUGUGCUCAUUAUUUUCCCGACAGACUGAUAUUUUUGGAAUUUGAAGCCUGUCGAAAAAAUAAUGUGACCUGGGACCGCCCAUCAUAAUUAUUAGCACCUUUCCGGCCAUAAAAUCCGAAGAAUUUCAGGGUCUCCGCGGUCCCAACAACCAAUGUCAACUCCGCAGCGGCGGUGUGCUGCAGAAAGCGAUUCGUCGCGAGAUCCGCACCCUCUCCGACGCGGAGCGUCAACGGCUCUUCCAGAUCAUGCAGCAGCUCAAGAACAACGGCCAAUACGACGCGAUGAGUUCGGAGCAUCGGGCGGUCGGCUCCUCCUCGGGCGCCCACUCCGGCCCCGGCUUCUUGCCCUGGCAUCGCGAGUUCAUGAAGCGGUUCGAGAUCAGUCUGCGGCUGAUUGAUCCAAACCUGGCGUUGCCGUACUGGGACAGUGUGAUGGAUUCGUAUUUGCCGAGGCCGGCGGAUUCGAUCAUGUUUUCGAGUCUUUUCAUGGGCGAGGCUGACGCCUUCGGCCAGGUGGUAACUGGCCCGUUCGCGGGAUGGCGAACAUUGGAGGGCAAGGCGUAUAUUCAACGGUAGGUUUGUUAUGCGCAAAGAGCAAGUUGGAGAUAAAUUAGACGGCUCCGAAAAAAUUUGAAUCUCUGUACAACCACUCGCAAUGGACCUAAAAAUUUGCUGGUUAUAGGAGGAUUUCGCUGUGUGGAAGCUCGUUUUGGCCUAAGCGAGACUCUCGAGGCCUCUGUAAUCAUUUAUUAGGCUUUUUGAAAGUGGUAUAAUACCUUUGUAUUAGAGCUUUUACUAGAGUUUGCGGUGAACCUAUGUACAGAAAAACCUCUCUUUAACAAACAAUUUGGCAAAAAACGAGCUAAUAUUUUUUGGGACCACAGUCGACAUCAUUUAUCGCAUUUUCACGACACUUUGGAAUAGCCCCAUCUUAUACGAUGGAAGCUGUCUGAAAAAUUUUUGGACAUGUUUCAUCGUAUAAAACGUCACUUUUGGAGGAUAACUGUAAAAUUCUUGCGGUAUAACCUCUCUCUGCAAAAGUCUGGCGUAGUCUCAUUUUAUACGAUGAAACCUAUCUGAAAAAGUUCUUGGGCAUAUUUUAUCGUAUAAAAUGUCAUUUUGAUUUUUUUGUGAAUGGUACCUAUGGAAACUCAAAUUUUUCGUAACAAAACCUUUCUGAAACGGACAAUUUUAGAGGUCGAAAGAGUCAAUUUUAGGCCAAACUGAACUUCCGUACAGCAAAACCCCUUUAUAACAAACAAAUUUUUCGGUCGCCUGCGAUUCGUUAGAAAUGCCUUUGACUGUGUAUACGGCCCCCCAGCAUAUCGUAAGCCUAAAUUUUUCAGCGGUCUAGCGCGAGAAGGGCGUUUGUUCAACGAGAACGACCUGAACAACGUCUACCGACAGACCCAAAUCGAGCAGGUUAUGGCGUUCACCGUGCCCGAGCAGUCGUGCCCGUACCAGCCCAACUUUGGCGCCUUGGAGUACACCCAUUCAUCGGUGCACUUGUUCAUCGGCGGAGAUAUGAAGCCGCCGGUGACGUCGGCCAAUGACCCGGUCUUCUUCUUCCACCACUCGUUUGUGGACUUGAUCUUCGAGAACUGGAGACAAAUGAGACAGUCGAGAUGGGCUAGGGAGCAGGUAAGCGCAUGAUUUUUUUAAAUAUGCCGCAACCUACUAGACAAUACCAAGGUAUCGUUCUAUGCGAUGAAACCUGCCGAAAAACUUCUUGGGCAAGUUUCAUCGUAUAAAAUGGGGCUUGAAGGUCCGCUAUAGAGAGAGUCCACUGUAGCGUUGCAUGAAGAACUAAAUAGACAUUUUAUACGAUGAAAUCUGUCCGACAAAUUUGUCGGACAGAUUUCAUCGUAUAAAAUGGUGUUAUUCCAAAAAUAAAUGCGAGUUCAACUUGCUGUACAGAAGUCCCAAACAAAAAUUUCCACUGGCGCCCUACGCAAAUAAUCAGUGUGUCAUUUCAUACGAUUAAACCUGUCCAAGAAAUUUUUGAACUGGUUUCAUGGUAUAAAAAUGGUGCUAUCCCCAAAUCGUGCGGAUGUAGCAGAAAUGACGUCUAUUUUUGCACAGAAGCCCUAAGCAAACAUUUUCCAGUCCUACCCUCCUGACAUUCCCCAAUGCUCCAACCAGCAGCACUUCUCCAACGCCAUCAUGCGUCCCUACCAAAUCACGAACCGGCAAGGCCUCUCCAACGCCUACACCGACAACCUGUACCAAUUCGCCGAACGCCCCAACUGCAACAACAACUGCGGCAACUCGCCCUACUUGUUCUGCGACAAUCGGGGCAACGCGCACUGCGUCUCCAAGGUGCGCAUGAACGGCCUUUGUCAGGGCUUCGAAGGCUUCGAUGUGUGCUUCCAGGGCGUUUGCCGCGGGGGCGUCUGCGUUCCGGGCCAGCUGCAGCGCCAGCAGGACGUGGAACAGCCCACCACACGGCCACCGAUCAUCACGGCGGCGACGCAACGCGUCGCGGCGACCGUUACGCGUACCCCCAUGGCGAACUCGUUGCGACAUUCGAGUGGGCAGAGCUUCAACCGAACCUUCGACGGGCUCCUCAAUAAUGGGGGAAAUGUCCAAGCGCCGAUGCCAAAUAUUCCAAGGGGACAGUCGGUAGGUUACAUUACAGUAGUCAUUGAGUUGAACAUAGUAAUAAUAUGUAGAAAAAAUAUGAUUUUGCACAAAGUGAUUGCGGUGAGAGUGAGCUUCCGAUAGUGGCAUCAUUUUGAACGUUGAUUUUAAAAAAUGUCCAAUAAACGCUGCACUUUUGACAUGUUUUGCACUUCCUCUUUUUUUGCUUUUUCUCACAUCUAACCCCUUUUCAAACACUAACAUUUUCCACGGCUUUCUUCAUCGCCUUUUCAGCGCCGUCGCUUCCGCCGUCCUCGGCCCCGACUCCCAGUGAUGUCGCCUUUUCCCCCACCGCCACCAGCCCAGCCCUCUUUCCAGCCGCCUUGGCAGCAGCCACAAUUCGUCCCGCAAGUCGUGCCAAGAGCACGACAAACCCAGCUUUCGCCACCCUUCAACAACGCCAUCCCCCAACGACGUCGCUUCAAACAGCUGCGCCAACGCAGUCCGCUGCGCACGCUGCGGCAACGCAGCUCGAGUGGCGCGGUCCGUAUGAAGCGCAUGAUCGAGAGCAUGCAUAUGACCAUGCUGGAGGACAAUGUAAGGCAUGCUAUGCGGGUUGUUUUGCAAUGUCGGUGUUGGGGGAGCAUUUGCAUUUCAUUGUGCUUUUACUGUAACGUUUUCAGCCGGUUUUUGUGGCUUUUCAGGCAAGUUAAAGGAAGUAAAAACUUCUGAUGACAAUUAGACAUGGCUCCCAGACAACUUUGCCGUCAUUCUCCAAAAAGUGACAUCUUAUACGAUAAAACGUGCCCAAAACUUUUCAGACAGUUUUCAUCGUGUAAAAUGGCUCUUUUCAAAAAUUAUGUGAAAACCUAAGAAAUUACGUAAAUUUGGAUGUCAUUUUUUCUUGAGUUACAUUUUAUACGAUAAAAUAAAACUGUCAAAAAACUUUUAAGACAAGUUUCAUCGUAUAAAGUGGCCCCUUUCCCGCGGCAAAUAUGCUUACACAUGGUCGAGUGGUAGUCAGGCCCGGCCUGGUUAGGCCCACAAGUGUAUAACAACAACUGACUGACCUUUGCCAUUUUUAUUCCAUAUUUUGGAGCCGAAAAAAAUCACGAUAGCGACAAACUUCAGAUGUCGCAAAAACCAAUUUUCGCCAAAAAACAUUUUUUACCGCCUUUUAUUCCCCUGCCAACCCUGAAUCAUCGUUUUUUCAGCUUAAAAAUCCUGUGAAGCCGGCGGCGAACAUGACGCUGGUCACCGCCAACUGCUUCAACGACGAUCCCUGUUGCGGCGCGUGGUCCGCCAAAGCCGAAUGCAACGCGAACCCCAUCUUCAUGAAGCAGUAUUGCCGGCGCUCCUGCGGGGUGUGCCACUCGAACGUGACGGAGGUGGAGGGCUGCCAGGACCGGCACAUCUCCUGCCAGUACUGGAAGCAGAGCGGCGAGUGCAGUCGGCGCCGCCAAUGGAUGGCGGAGAACUGUCGGCGCAGCUGCGGCUGGUGCAACGUCAGCGAGAAGCAGCUGUGUCAGCAUGUCGCCAUGAUGAGUCGGAUGUGA